AUGGAGAAUGAAGAUGUUAUCGAAUCAAUCAAUGAUGACAAAAAUGUUGUAGAAAUGGAUUUUGAAUCUAGUAAUUCCUUGAUUGAUAAUUCAAUUGGUAGUGCAUCUAUACCAUUGCGUCAUGAUAGCAUCGAUUUUAAUAAUCAUGACCAAGUUAGUGCUUAUGUAUCAACAACACUUCGUGGGGCAGAUGAUAUCCCAUCAUCAGAAACAAUAAGCGUAGUAUUUCACGUACAUCUGCCUCCUAAUAUUGAAUAUCAUUCCGAACGAGCCAUCCCAUGCGUUGUUGGAAAUAUCGACGAGCUAGGAAAAUGGGAAUUUCCUAUCGUGAAGCUUAAACAACCUUAUAGUAGGCAUAUGCAUAGAGUUUCCACCACUUAUUGGGUUUCGGAUCCGGUUACGAUUCCAACUUCAUAUUUUGAAACUGGCGAUGAGAUAAGAUAUAUUUAUGCAAUUUACAUUGCUAAAAAACAGGAAAAGAAGAAAAAUAAAGAUAGGGACGAUAGGAUAGUUAUGGAUGACCCGAAUGAAAAUAGUGGUGACAUGUAUAUUGAGUCCCUUGGAGGGAAUCAUCGUGUUCUGAGAAAUCUUCUUCGUGAACAAAAUCAAUUUGAUGUUGUGAAUCAAAUAAGAGUUGCGGGUAGUGAUUAUUGGACCAAAGCUGUCCAUGAUUUCGAAUUUUUAAACUUUAUCUGGCAAUCACUUACACCUACUAACACUGGAAACAAACUAUUUGAAUAUCGUAUCAUCUUGGAUCAAUUUCAGGAAUAUACAAGGCAUGAAACAACUCAACGAUUCAUUGUAGAUUGUUUACAUUCAACCAAAGAUAAAGAAAAAGAAAAAAGAUUAUUUUUAUGUGUUCUUAUAGGCUACUAUAUUUGUUUGCGCCAGGUGAAUGUUAUAAGUGAUGUGAAUUUACAUCCAAAUUUUCCUUCAUCGGUAUUCUUUGAAUGCCUCAAUAAAUUUCAACCUGAAAAUUGGUUGUCUGAUACUCCCGAGGUUCUUUUGAUUGCUAUUCAUGCGUUGAUUCGUAAUAAUAUGUAUCAAGGCUCUAUUGAAUGGCUAAAAAGAAUGUUUGCUCUUGCGCCUCUUGUGGAUCCAGGGCAUAGUUUUAUUGAUGUUGUUGCAGAAAGGAAUAUAAGCUUACAAGGAUUGUUUGAAUUUCUUCCUAAAUAUGUUACUCCACAUUUUAAUAAGAUUGAAGAUCCACGUGUAUAUGCAAAAGUUGGUGCGUGGUUAAUUCGGUUAUGUAAAGACAUGGAUCAAUUGUUUAGGAUAUGGGGUGAAGUAAUCGAUCAUACAAAAGAAAGAGACAGAUUACUUAAAAAGCCGUUUCUUGAUCAUGUUCAUUACUUAAUUUCGGAUUUUACAAACGCGAGAUCUUUAAAAAAGUAUUUCGAUAAGAUCCCUGAUCAUUUUAAGAAAAAGGUUGAUGAGGCAUUUCGCCAAAAAUCUUUUAAAUUAAUAAGCUCUCCAGCUUACAAUUGGGAGAAACAUGAUACAGAGGAGAUGCUUGCAAAUCUGAAAAAUCCCGAAUUUAAUUGGAAUAAAUCUGAAUUAUUUGAAGUACUCCAUGAAAUUUCUCAAUCAAAUCAAUGGUUCAUAUUGUGCAUGUUCUUAGAUUUACUUAGUUAUUGGUUUCAACUCGAACCGCAAGAAAUACCUUUGGAUAAGAUUCCCGCUAUUUGUGGUCAAUGGUAUCAGCAUAUAUUGGAUCAUAUUAAUGGGAAGAAGGAACGAUAUGUCUAUACCGUAUUUUCUUAUUUAUCUCAAAUAUAUCCAAGGGUUGAAGGACAUUGGAACAUUUUGGUUAUAUUGGUGGGUAUCGCAAUUGAUAGAGUUAAGCAAUGUCCAGAAGAUAGAAUUCUUAGUACAGUUCAUCAAAUUGACUUCCAACAAGAUAAUAUCGUUCAAUCAUUUUUGCAAAUGGUGAAAGAUAUUUUAAAACUUAGUAUCAAAAAUACAGACACGACUUUGAUCAAAAAAAUUAGGUUGAUCUGUGAUUGCAAUUCUGAAGUUUUGAAUGUUCCUAACGCUUCAUGCGAGGCUAUUUUACAUUUUAUAAUGGAUCGAUUGAAAAUUUUGCAUCCAUUAUCGAACACUUCUGAUUUGCACAUAACGUCCACUACCUUAACCCUCCUUCGUUCUUCUCAAUUCUGGAAUUUUAUACUACAAGCGACCGGAAAAGUCUCUGAUUUGAACGCGCACCCAUAUAUUCAACAAAUAAAAGCAAUAUUAAGUGCGUUUAUUAAAAUUAUUAAAAAAGAUGCUAUUACAAUCAGAUCUUUACAACAGCUUCUCAAGUAUGAGGAUGAAACGUUGAUUAGAUUCUUUAAUUCAAAUGAUAUAAAACAAGGAUAUAUUAACAAACUUCGUAUUCAAUGUGGAAAUUAUGAAGAAAAAUUAGCACAACUUCAUUAUUUUUAUACUCAAUUUUGUCCAGUUGAAAAAAUUAAAGGUGUUGAUGUUUAUCUUAAAGACAUGGAACAAAGAUCAAAAUGUGACACUUUAACUCUUCAAGAAACUCUAGCAGAUAAUCACUGGGAAUCUCACAAGAUUACUGAAAAUUCUGCGAAAAUAACAUAUAAAUUAGCAAAUCUUCAAACAUUCAGAAAUAUAUUUAAUCAAAAGAUAAAUAGUGAAGAAGAAAUUAAUAUUGAAGAAUUGGCACAAAAUAUUAUACCAUCACUUGCCAAAAUAUAUGAACAAAAGAUCAUGAAAUACAAAACCAAUGAAUGGGAAACCCUUUAUUGCAUUGAAGAAAGUACAUUUUGGCAUAAUGUUAAAGAUAUUAAAACAGAGCUUGAUUUGAUUAAUUUGAAAGCGGAUAAAAAGUUAAUAAAAACUUUAACUUAUGUAUCAAGGUAUCCUAUAUAUGUUGAAAGACUUCAACAAUUGAAUGAGGUGGUAUCAAUGUUUAAGGUAACUCACACAAAAGAAGAUUGGAUUGAAACGCAGCUUACACUUUUAAAUGGAAACUAUUUAUGGCUUGGAAGACUUAAUGAUUUCUUUGAAUAUCAUGAUCGGUCCUUAUCUUCAGUUAACGAAAAUUGCUGGGAAUUGAUUAAAUCAUUAUCGCUUGCCGAUGAAUUUAUUCGAUUCCUUCAGUCUGUGGCGGAACAUGAUAUAACCAAUAUAAUUAAUGGUGUGGAUAAUCAAUCUGAUGAACGUCUCAUUCAAGAAGAUACAGUUUCUUCAUUAAUUCAAGUUAAAAAAUUCUUAUUACCAUUGUUAAAGAAUGUAGAAAAUUUAAAACCUAAAACAUUUUUGAAAAAACUCUGUGAAAUAACAGAGCAAAAUCCAGUAUUAGGACAAAAGAUUACUUUGUGUAAUAGUAAUAGAAAAGCAUUAGAAAACAUGUAUAAAAAUAUUAAUAAUAGAACUGAAGUUACUCAAGAAAGAAUUAUUAAUGCAGUUAAGAUUGGAACAUAUACAUUUAAACGAAUUAGUAAUGAUGAUAAAUGCACUGCUACUUUAUCUUAUCCUAUCAACUCCUUUUCAGCUAAUUCUGACUCUAUGGACGAUAAAGAUGAGCCUAAUGAAAAACCGUACACUUUAAAUGAUUUACAAGAUCUAAGAGGACGCGCUUUGCUAAUAGCUAAACCUGGUGUAACUAUAGAUAUGGAAAUGCCUGAAAAAGAGCAAGAGCACCAAGAAAGGGCUAAAAAAAUAAUGAACGAAUUUGUGAUCCAAGUAGAUUUUACACAGGAGAUUAUAAAUGUUGCUUCUAAAUUAAUUCAGAUAGGUCACUUUAAUUAUAGAGAUUUUAAUAAAAGUGUUAAAGGAAUCGAAAAUAUGCAGAAAUUGUUAAAUGAAUUAAAUGAACAUCUGGUUGAAUGGGAAGGUAUUGUUGAUAUGGCACAAAAAGAACAUUAUUAUUUGACCUUCUUCCCUGCACGCCACAUCUUGGCAUUUCAUGACUACUUUAAUGACAAUGCCAAAGAUAAAGCUGCAAACAACGAAGAAUGUCAAAUACUUUUAACAUUUGUGAACAGUGCUGCUCGAUUACCGCCACCAAGAUCACAAAUGCAAAUGGAAAUUAUUGAUGAUACUCAUGAUAAUACUAAUGAUUAUUAUAGUACUCUGUGUAGUAUAGGGUCCAAAUUGGCGGAUAUAUUUGAGAGUAUUCCCAAACAGAUACGAGAAAUCAAAGACACGGGAGAACGCAUAAAAUCAGAUAUUGUCCAACCUGGAAAAUUAUUUGUGGCCGCAUGCAGUAAUAAAUCUCUUGUGCCAAAUAUCAUCAUGUCACUGUAUGCCAACCAUAAAUCUUAUCCUCAGCCGUGGCAAAUAUUGAUAUGCACUCCUUCAACGACUAUGGAAGAACUUUCUAUUUUCACUAAACGAUGUUUCUUUGCGCCUGAUCGUGGAUAUGAAGGCCAUUUAUUCUGCAUCGCUAAUUUAGAAUUAGUGGAUUUUGAGUUGCAGUAUAAUCUUGUUAACAAGAUUAGAUCAAUGAGCCGGAUGACAAAUAUCAAAGAUAAAUAUCUAUUGGCGCUUAUAUGUUGCAGAGAAUCCGAAGUUCAACAUCAUAUAUUGGAUCAAUUUUCUCAGGAUAUUCAUGUAACCAAUGGACUUGAUGUAGAUUCUAUGAAAGGAAUAUAUCAAGAGUUAUGUCCAGAUGUUAGACGUGUAUCAUCAGAAUUAUCAGGACAGGGUAAAACGGAAUGGAUUAAAAAUGCUAGUUUUGAUAAGAAGAAAAUUCCUCGUAGUUUUCUAAUUAGUGAUGGAGUUGAUUUUAGAACACUUGUUAAGCGUUUAAAAGAACAUAAGAUUAGACCAGUUGAAAGUUUGCAUUUAAAUAUAGUAUCUGCAGAUAAUCCUGGUGAUGUUAACCUAUUCUUAUUUGAAUUGUUAACUUUAGGAAUGGUUUCUAAUUAUACGGAUAUAGUUUGUCUUCCCAACACUCCUAUUUUCAUUGAGGUUGCAACAACUGUUGGACAGUAUUUACUCAAAUCUUUGCCAUUUGUCGAAUGUCUUUCCAGCGAACACAUAACUUGGGAUAUUGUUAAUCUUUCUGUAUCUCAAGAAAUUGAUAACCCAAUUCAAAUUGUUUGUCAUUAUUUAGAAGCGGAUGAAAAAUCAACAAUUGAAGAGAAAGAUCUCUUGUUCAAUACCAUUGGCACUGAUAUCACGGUGCCACUACCGGAAAGUCGUUGUAGAGAACUUAUCAAAAAAUAUUUGUUUGACGAUAAAGAUGAUAGUGAUAUUUCAUCAUAUAGAUUUGUCGAAAUUUUUAUUAAUGUUUUGGCAAAUCAAUUAAUUGGACUAUCUUUAAGUUCCUACUUCCGAGUUGAUAAUUUAAAAUUAAUGACUAAAGAAAAAGACAUUAGAAAAACUUUAGUCAAUACAUUACUUAUUGCCUCCAAAGAUUUUGCCACACGUUCAGUAAAGACCAAAGCGGCUCAAUUAGAAUCUAUAACACCUUUAAAUGAUGAUAGAUUGGGUACAAUUGUUCAAUGGGAAGAUUCAAAUCAUUUAUUAGUGUUUUUCUUGUCUCAAGCACCGGAUUCUAUUUGUGCUUUAUAUCGUAAUGCAAAAAAAGUACCAGACAAUGUAACAAAAUUAUUACAAAGUCAAUGUAUAAGUGGUGAUUCUAAAAACUUUAAAUUGGAAGAUUAUAAUACGAUGGAGAUGAAACUUUUGCUGAAAAAAUUGGAAAGUUUGGCAAGAAAGACUACACAUGAAAUUAAAUAUCCUCGAUAUGCUUUAUCUGCAGAUAAUUUAAUUAAGAUGGCUUUAAUUUUAUUAAGAGCUCGUGCUAGUAUUCCGGUGGUCGUUUGCGGUGAAGCCGGGUGCGGAAAGACAAGUUUAAUUGGAUUUUUAGCCGGGGUAGUUGAAGUCAAGUUUCAUGCGCUGAACCUACACGCAGGUAUUUCCGAAGAAAUCAUAAAAUCUUUCAUGACAAUGAUUCAGGAUGAAUCUCAAGAGAAGGAAACUUGGAUAUUUUUCGAUGAAAUUAAUACUUGUAAUCACAUGGGACUUCUAUCCGAUCUCAUAGCCCACAGACGGUGGUUAGGUAAAGAAGUCCAUUAUAAUAUUCGUGUUUUUGCUGCUUGUAAUCCUUAUCGUAGACGUACUAAAAGUCAGAGUAGUGUGGGAUUAAAGGUACAGCAAAAGAUUAAAUAUGAGGAAAGAAAUGAAUUGGUUUAUCAGGUCAAACCAUUACCAGAUCAAAUUCUUGACUAUGUUUGGGAUUAUGGAAUUCUUCAAGCUCUUGAGGAAGAAAAGUAUAUUCAGACAAUGGUUUCUGAAUCAUUAGGAGAAUAUGAUGAUAAUAAUAUAUUUGCAAAAUUAUUGGCUGAAUCACAACGAUAUAUUAGAUACAUCGAAGAACCUUAUAGUGUUAGUCUAAGAGACGUGAAGCGUGCAAUAACUCUAGUAAAAUUCUUUGCAAAAGGUCUCACGAAUCGUCCUCCGAUUCGAAGAAAAAAUUUACCUCCAUAUCCUAAUCCAGCAGAUGGUGUUAAACUUUCGAUUAGAUGUUAUGUAUUGUCAUUAGGACUCUGUUAUCAGUGUAGGAUGUAUGAACAAUCUAUUAGACAAACGUAUAGAGAAAAAAUGGCUAGAUUAUUACUUACUAAUGGAAUUCAAUUUGAUGAGGUUAAGUUUAGCACUAUUAUUAGACAAGAGCAAGAAGAUUACAUUAAUAGAAUGAUUUGUCCACCAAAUACUGCACAUAAUGAAGCACUUUUAGAAAAUGUUUUGGUGAUGAUAGUUUGUAUUUUAACAAAGAUUCCUGUAUUUAUUAUUGGUGCCCCUGGCUCCUCAAAAUCGCUAGCAAUAAGACUUGUAAGUCAGAAUUUGAAAGGCUCUGAUUCAAAUGACAAGUACUUUCAGGAGUUGCCGCAGGUUUAUUUAAUCCCUUAUCAAGGUUCAUCAUCUUCAACAUCUGAUGGUAUCAUCAAAGUAUUUGAAAAAGCUGUUAAUUAUCAGAAUACGAGUUCUAAAGAGUUUAAAAUAAUUAGCGUGGUCUUACUUGAUGAAGUUGGAUUGGCCGAAACAAGUCCAUUCAAUCCCUUAAAAGUUCUUCAUUCAUUACUUGAACCAAGCUAUCCUUCGGAUGGUCCUACCGUAGCUUUUAUUGGUAUAUCUAACUGGAGAUUAGAUAAUAGCAAGAGUAGUAGAGCUUUAUUGGUUCAAAGACCGAAAUUUGACCUAGAUGACCUGAUAGACACAGCAGUUAAUCUACUAGGCUCAAAGACCAAUCCUGGCGGUUCUAAGAUAACAAGCACCUCUCUUAAACCACUCGCAGAUGCUUAUUCAUCUUACGAACAAACUGGACAACAGCUUCCUAAUUUCCAUGGUCUUCGUGAUUACUACGCAUUAGUAAAAUCAUUAUCUUUGGCUGAAUUAACACCUCAAAAUAUUCAGAAAUCCUUAGUUCGAAAUUUUGGUGGUACAGAUCCGGAACAAACUCAGAAAUUGUGUGAGCAUUAUUUUGGAGAGGUAUUUAGAUUAUCUAACGAUGCCAAGAAUUGGGAAUAUACUCCUAUUCCGGUCGAAGAGUUGAUUAAUGCGAAUUUGGAUGAUGAAGGGGCAAGGCAUCUUAUGGUCAUUGGAAAAAGUGAUUCAAUUGUUAGUUUGUUGACUUAUCAGUUGAGGAGUAGAAGCUUAGAUCCUGUCAUUAUCUUGGGGUCUCAAUUCCCUGAUGAUCGAGACGACUAUUCUUAUAGUGUGUUAAGCAGAAUUAUGAUGUGUGUUGAAGCUGGAAGACCAUUAAUCUUGACAGACUUGGAAAUUAUUUACGGAAGUCUUUAUGAUCUGUGGAAUCAAAACUAUAUUGUUGUAGGUAGUGCAGACGAUCCAAAAUAUUAUACUAGAGUGGCACUCGAUACUAAUACGGAUCAAUAUAUCACAUUUAUACAUUUCUUUCAAACGCCUAGUUUUGUCAAUAAAACAUUUAGAUGUAUUCUAGUACUUGAUGAGAAGAAACUUGAGACAGCUGAUCCACCACUUCUAAAUCGGUUCGAAAAACAAAAAAUGACAAUCAACAACAUCUUAACACUUCAAAAUAUUCAGAUAGUUGAGCAAUUAUCUACAUGGGUAACUCAAAUGUCAAAAGUAUUUGGUGGCCCUAACUCGGUCAUGCCAAUAAUGGAAUUUAAACAAAAGGAUCUAUUUAUUGGAUUUGAUCCUGAUGAAACAUUACAAAGUUUAGUGAUUGACAUUACUAAGAGAUAUCCGGAUAGUGAUGAUGUAGAUAUCCUUCAAAAGUGUAAAGAAAAACUGAUUGCAAUUGCCUCAAGUGAUGGAAUUAUAAGGGCAGAAAAAUCAGGAUUGGAUGCAGAUGAAAUUAUGUUUUGGAAAAAUACUUACUAUAAUGGCCAAUGUCAUAAUGAUCUUGCAACAUAUAUUCAAUCUUCUCUAGAUAAAUUAAAAAAUGAAAAUUAUUCAGAGGGACUUCAAGUUAUCAUUAAUACAUUCUCCAACAUUAACACAGAUGUAGAAGCUUGUUUGAAAGACACAAUCAGUUGUCAAGUGGAUAAACUAUCGACAUUCAAAACGGAAGCACAGCUUCAAAAUAGAGUUAAACAUUUCUGGCUAAAUUCUGCAACUGAAAUGUUGAUUCUCCAAUGUGAUGUUACGACGAUAAGUGCUGGAUGUAUUAAAUUAGCUAAAUUUAUAAUCGAACAGUUUAAAAACGAUUAUGUAAUUAAAAAGAAAACACGGCCUGAAUUAAAGAUGAAAACAAAACAUUCAUGCAUUAUAUUGCAUGUUCAUAGAGAGCAAGAAAAUUCAUUGGCAACAUUUAAUUUUAUGUGCGGAUGGGAUCAAAUAACGAUCGAAACACUAUCCGAACAAGAAAUACCUUUAUCAAAACUUUUGGAUCGAAGUCUGAAUGAUGUUAUUAACACUACUUACAAAUUUGAAGAUAUUUUGAAACAAGAAUUAUUAUGGUGCUUGUUGUGUAUGAAAUAUCCUUCGAAUAUAAAAUCCAUUGAGCAUAUCAGGAUCCUGAGCUCAGAAAUUUGUAAACAUCCAACUCUAUUGGAGUGCAUAAAAGCAUGCACCCAACAAUGGCUUCAAGAAAAGGCACCUAAAAACUGGCAAUAUGAUGUAGCAUCCAAUAAGAAAUUAUUAUAUAGGUAUCCAUCAUUUUUAGCAGCAUUACAGGCUUAUGUCAAAGGAUUUGUCAGAAGACCAAUUGCAAAGGCUUUAUGUGCACUUGAAAGAUUCGCAGCUACCAAAACUUUCUUCUUAAUAGAUAAGCCAAAUAUAUCAGAUGAAGAUAAUUAUUUGCUCAAUUUUUGGUUAGAAAUGUUUAAUGAUAAAAAAAUAAUUAAUAUCGAAGAAAUUUCAGAGCCAUCACCAGAUUUAUAUACUAUGCCUCUAGGAAUUUACAAUCUACAAUUUCCAUUUUCUUAUUACUUCAUGCAACAAAUUGAUAAUUUUAGACCAAUUUAUCAGGAAGAAAUUAAUAUAUUAUACCAAAAUCCCGAUAACGUUAGCAACCUAUCUGGUGAACUCGAAGAUUCUGUGAUUAAUGAAUAUCUUAAAAAUUUCACUGAAAAACUCAGAGCGGAAAUUCCUUUAUUAAAGACAUCACCAUUGGAUAGAGCAUCAGAUUUAUAUUUCAAAGAUUUCGUUUCGGUUAUAGCAUGUAAUGAACCUGGUAACAAAGAUCCUGAAUUAUUAGGAUCAAUCUUUGAAAGAAGACUUGGAAAAGAAAAGGUUUUGAAUCCAAUAAAUUUACACACUUAUUGGUGGAUUCAUGGAAAUUCCAUAAUGGCAGAAUUACAACUAGCUCAAAUAUGCCCAACAAUAGCUCCAGAAUUAAAAAACAAAUCCGGUGACGCCAUAACUCUAGUUAAAGAGGCAAUAGAAAUAUUAUUAAUCAAAAUUAGCAAAGACACAAAUGUGAAUGAAGCUUACGAACAAAAAGAAGUUAAUCAAUGGAAAUAUGAAGCAACUAAAGUUCUUUCAUUCAGUAAAGAAAUUCCGAAAGCUUCAACAUUAGGAUCCCUUCAAUUAUUACAAUUUUGUAACGAUUUACUCUCCAUCAAAUCAAUCAAACCACAUAGUAUUUCAAGGAUUAUUUCUCUUGCCCAAAAUUCAGCGUCAAUAUUGACGGUAGAGGCCUUGAAUGUUUUAUUCGAUGUUUUAGAUGAAAUUGAACCGACUGAAAUAAAUUUGGUGUUUAAACGAAAAAUUAUUCUAAGAUGCCUUGAUAUAAUUCCUCUAGAAUCAGAUUUACGAAUUUGGCUUUAUCGAAGGUUGUUUGCAAAUCAACCAUUCCCACUUAUGGGCAUAAUUAUUCAAAAAAUUUUUGAAACAGAAAAAACAGUACACGAAGGUAUAUUUUUCCAACUUAUUAAGGGCCAACCAGGGAUUCUUACUUUUUAUCCUAGACUUCAAGAAAUCGAUAAAUAUCUUACAGACCUUGACUUAAAAAUGGCCACCUUAUGUUGUGAUAUCAUUCAACAUUGUUUUUUUGCAAAAAUGACUAUAGAAAAAUUAAUAUCCUACUUCUCUCAUGCUUUAAGAACAUUAUGUGAAAAAGAAAUACAACCAUUGCAACGAAUCUCGGCUGUUGCGUUCUUAAAAGAAUUUGUUAGAAUGUUUUUUGAUGUAGUCAUCAAUGAUGAAAAUGCCUCUGUUGCAUAUCAGCUUGAUGGUAUCCAAGGGAUUAACGGUACCAACUUUUUACAUAAAAUCAUUGAAGCAUUGAAAGUAGAGCAUCCGUUAAUAUAUUCGUUAAGAAUAUAUUUCCUUCGAGAUUUAAGAAGACGUGGAUAUUCAUUCGAUGAUGUAAGAAGGUUUUGUAAGAAACGGCCUGAUGAAUUGCCUUGGCUCAUUAAUUUUUCUUGGGAGUCUGGUGACUCAACAAGAUUUCCAUUUAAUCCUUAUUGGCAUCUUUCUGAAUAUCCAGAAACCGAAAUCGCAAAUGCUAAUAUGCGUAGAAUUGGAAAUAAAGUACAGAUCGAUGACUUCCUUAAAAAGGUCGAUAAAGGAUCAAUAAAUUCACGAUUAUCUCUUAUCGGAUUGCUUGUCAUGAAACUCCAUGCUGUUAGGGCUUCACGUGAAUGGGAUGAAAAAGAAAGAGAGUUAUCUAUACAUUUAAAAUCAAAAAUUGAUAACAUGACAAGUCUUCCAGAUGCUUACAGACAACUGGUUGCCAAAGUUUUAGAAAAUACCCACAAUUUAUAUAAGAUUGGAACUGACACUACAAGUAAUGACUUAAUCAUGAAGUCGGUACUUAUUUAUAUAGUUGGACUACAUGCUUCUAUGAAUUCCGAUUUUUCACCCUUGACUACUUAUUUGCAAGAAAUAGAAGGAUGUAGUUCCAUGUUUAUCUUAUCAUGCCAAUCAGAUGAGGAAUCUGCUUUGUUCAAUGCGGUUGCUUCUAUGGGAGGUGUGUCAAGAUAUCAAUGCCUAUGUGGUUUUAAAUAUGUAAUAGGCAAUUGUGGUGGCGCAAUGGUAACGGCGAUAUGCCCUGGGUGUGGAAAUACGAUUGGCGGAAGUGGGCAUCGUGCCGCACCUGGCAACACACGACUUGAUCAAGACAUUGUCCUCUCAGUGGUAUCAAAUGAUCAAGCAGGAUAUGUUUCAGAUAAACCCGAACCUUCACAACAACAUUCUGUUCGAGCGAUGUGUCCAACUUCAUAUCGAACUUUACAUUUGAUAGUUCAUACACUUAUCUUAGCUUCAACACCAUCAGAGGCCACAAAUAAUUUCUUUAAGCAAAAUGGUAAUACUUACGAAGAUGUUACUGACUAUUGUAUAAAACAUAUUGAAAAUGAUUGGGCUGUUUUAAAGAAACUUCUUAAUAUUUCUGAUGAGAAUUUAGCACUAUUGUUCCAUUCUAUACUGGUCGAGAUGAUAAAUAACCCAAAUCAUUCUAAACCAAGCAGUUUGUUUACUUCAGACGCAAGACAACAUUGGGAAACAAACUUUGCUCGAAAUUAUGUUACACCAUUGAUUAAUAAUGUCACCCAAACCAUUAGAAACUUUAGCACUUCGUUGAGAAAUGCAAUGAAUGCAGCAGAAGUAUCUAGUAACAUUCUUGAUACAGAAAUUAGUCAAACGUUAGAUAUGUCCCCACAACAUUGUAAAGAAUAUCUUCCUGGAUUGUGGAGAACUCUUGGAACAAUUUGUUUUGAAAAUCUUAAUGCUUAUUACUCUAGAGAUAUGCAUCAUAAUGUUCAAGCAUUUCCAUUUUUGGCAGUUUACUUCAAACAUGAAAAGAAUUUGUCGCAAAUCAAGCAUCUUUAUCCUAUUGUUAAUUUCAUUAAAAUAUUACAUUCAAAACUUGCCUAUAGAUUGCAAAGGGAAAAGGCAGUUAGUUAUACUUUCAAAGAAUUUAUUGAUGAAUCAAAGAAUGAAACAAUGUUUGAUACUUGCAUAACCCUAAAUACUUCUUUUGAGGAGUUUGCUAAUGCUUGGAAUGCGGUUAUUGACAAUGUUACUCGAUAUCAGUGUCAUGAACUACCCAGGCAUCCGCAAAUUACGAUUAAUGAUUCUGUGACGUUCGGUUUAAUGGAGGCUAGGGAUUCUGGUGUUUUCUUGUGCGCAAUUAUAGAUUAUUUGGUCAAUUUACAUAAUAAUUUCUUGGAGGAAGUUAUAGCAAUUCCAGAAAGAUCUUGUCUUUCUCUAAAAUUCUUAGAAGAAGCUACACCUUGGGUAUAUGAAGAAAUUGUUACUUCAACUCAGGUUAGAGUCACAAAAGCCACAAAUCCUUAUCAUAUUCCGUCAAGGCGUUUGGAUUCAAUAAAACGAUCAAACAUUGUUAAUUAUGAGUGGGAUAAUAGGAUACUUCGGUACUGUCAACAUAACCUUGAAAUUGGGCAAGGUGAAGAUAUAAUGUUCGAUCUUCAGGCUAUAGAAAUGGAACUUGCUCAAACUUUAGUCUCCGAAAAAGCUUAUAUUGAAAGAAACGGUGACCAACUAUUAAUGGAUAAAUUCCCGUAUCACUUAGAACUAUUCCAGAGUUCAAUGAGAAUUUUAGGUGAAAUUAAAGAAUUAAUUCCACAAGAACCUAUUCCUAGUGACAAGAUUUCAUUAAUCUUUGAAUCCGCUUCAUCAGCACCUUUAACAUCAAAUCCAUUUAAGAAUGCAAAUAUUUUAGCCAUGUAUUCAAUAGAAAAUGCAACAGAAUUACUUUCAUUCUUGGAAAUAUUUUUAUGCUUCAUCAAAAGAAUCUCAGCUGAUAAUGGUGAAACUCUCAUGAAAGAUUUUGUAAAUCAAUGGUUAAAAUUAUCAAACUUGAUGGAAAAUAUUGGUUUUCAACAUAUUUUAAAUCUCGAGCUGAAAUUAAAACAUGUAAUUUCCUUAUACGAAUUAGUUGAAAAUCAAGUCGCAAACGAAGAAAUUAAAUACCUUAAUACUAAAUAUAAGAAAUCACUAGAUGAAGACAUGAAAAAUCAAAUUUUAGAAGCUAUUGAUUUCGAACAAAAUACUGGAGAACAAAAACCAAAGAUACCAGCCGAAGAAUUCGUUAUUGCUCUUAAGAGAUAUAUGCAAAGAUUCUUGUGCACAGAUAAUAUUAAAGCAAGUGAUCCAUUGAACAUUUAUGUUAACGAUAUGAGUCUGAAUUUAUGGCCCGACAGUGUCUCCGAUGAGUUAUUGGAUGAUGUUUUCCCGGAUUCAUUGUUAGUAGAAAAUACAUUCGAGGCAUAUGAAUUUGUUAAUAAUCUUAUUAUGACGGACCAACAAUCACUUCCUGCAGUUAAGCAAGUCACUCCAAUAGAAUUAGAUAACUCUAUGGAAUUAGAUCAUCCGGGAGUGGAUUAUUCAAUGGAUUUAGAUCUUUAA